UGCAGAGGGCCAGACUGAUUCUCCAGCAUCAACAGAGGACACUGCCACUACUCCACAGGUCAUUGUGGUAGCUGCCCCUACUUCACAGGUCAUCAUUUCCACAGAACCUGAAGAGGCAGUGAUGGAGAAGGAUGGAGACAAAGUAACUCCUGUUGAAGAUUAUGUUUCGGAGGUCAAAGAUGCCCCAGGUAGUCAAUGCUUUGAGGGGUGGUAAGAAGCAUAGACGGUAUAUCUAAUGUGUAUGACAUCAAGUCCAAACAUGUAGCCUAAUUGGAAUAGUGAUAAUGUUCAUAGGAAAUUUCUUAAAUGCAAAACGCUGUCCAAUUUUAGAAAGGCUCCCUAAAAAAACACACAUUCUUCCUUAAAUUCAGUAGGUAUUUCCAAUGCUAAUUCAUAUUGUUUGUGUAGCUUCAGAAGCGGAACAGAUGGACUCAACUCCUGCUGCUGGGGUGGAAACGGUUAAGGUCCAGGGUGAGGUCAAAGAACAGAAUUGGAACCAAUAUUUGCCAGAUGUCACUCAUUAGUUUUUUCCAUCAGGGUAUCUAUGGAAUGGUGUUUAAUACGUGUGUCUAUGCAUUUCUCUCUCCAGCUGUUGCAGCAGCCCCAGUAAAAAGGAAAGUGGAAACAGAGGAGGAUACUUCACCAGCGAAGAAAACAAAGUGCAUUAAUGAUGGUACGAUUGUGAACAAGAGUAAAUAUCACUCCCUCUGAGUGAUUGAUGGUUUGUGUGCUAACGUGCAUCUUGGUUUUUUAUUUUUAAGGUUUUUGUCUAUUUGUUGGAAGCUUGAACACAACCAAGAAAGUGGAGGAAAUUAAUGAUGCAUUGGCAAACCUCUUCACAUUGCAUAGUCUGUUGUUUCAGGAUAUUCGAGUGGACAUUACAAAGUGAGUACUUCGCAUUUUUAUGCACUGCAUCAAUUUAACCUCUACAAAUGUUUGUAGAUUUCCUCAUGAUAAAUAUUCUUCCCCAUUCCAUGGCAAUGGAUUUGUAAGUAUAUUAACUUAAUGUUUUUGUGCAUUCUAUAGGAAAUUUGCGUAUGUAGACUUUUACACAGAAGAAGACUUGACGAAAGCCCUUGAGCUGAAUGGGGAGAAGAUCCUGGACCAAAAGAUGAGGCUAGGCAAGGCCAAGGUCAAAGACCCCACAGUAGAUGACAAAAAAGGUACUAGUCUCAUCUUGAGUGAAUUUUCCUUGCUACUGUUAUAUUAGUCAUUUCUAGAAUUGAUUGAUUUUCAUGUAGUGACAGGAGAAUUUUUCCCCACAGCGAAAGAUGCCAGGACCUUGUUUGUCAAGAAUAUCCCAUUUGCAGCAACAAAGGAGGACUUGAAGAAAAUCUUUGACACGGCUGUCGAAAUCAGGUUUCCUGGAGGCAUUGGCACCCCAAGCAAAGGGUGAGAUGCAAUGUGUCCAUUUGAUAUCAACGCUUGAUUUGAAAUUGCUAGUUAUGUCUAUACCAGGAUUCUGUUCUAAACACGUCUAUUGCAUCUAUUUUAUUGUGACAGAAUUGCCUACAUAGAGUUCAAAACGGAGGCCACUGCUGAGAAGGUGCUGGAGGAGAAACAGGGGACUGAUGUCCAAGGCCGUGUAAUCGUUAUUGACUUUUUGGGAGAAAAGAGCCAACAACCAAAAAUCAUCAAAGCUCCAGGUAAGGAUGGAUAGAAAUUAAGUCACUGGGAAUUAAAUUACUGUAGAAGCACAAGGUACUUGAAUAGCUAGCUAUAUGGCUAGUCAUGUUGCUCAUUAGCAUCUUCACGAUUUAAAGUAUGUAGUAAUUCACUGAUUUAGUUGAGACAUUUUGUUUAUCAUAGUUCUCUAAAAAGUGGAUGAAGUUAACAUGUUCUGUUCCAUAGCUGAGGCCACACAUAAUAACGAAUUACUGGUGACCAACCUGGCUUACGGUGCAAAAGAGGACGCCCUGAAGAAAAUCUUUCUCAAAGCAGUCAGUGUCAAGAUACCGCAGAGCAAUGGUAAACCAAGAGGGUGAGUGACGGUGCACAUUGAUGAUGCAUCUGCUUUGUUGAGCUCUAGUGAAAAUGUUGAAUGCCAUCAAAUUGAUAAUUAUUUAAAAAAUCAUUAUGAUUCAUGCGAUUUAAUUUCAUGUUCUGAAUGGAGAUGAUACCUUAAGACAAUUAAGUUAAUUAAUUGUGACAAUUAGGCCCUUUUUUUUUUUUUUCAAAAGUCUUGCCUUCAUUCAGUUUGAAAGUGUGGAGGAUGCCAAAGAAGCCCUGGAAUCAUCGUUAAACAAAGAGAUUUGUGGAAGAGCCAUCAGAGUAGAGUUCAGCCAGAAGAGGCCAGAAGGUGACAAAGGGAACUCUGGUGAAUAUUACUAUUAGACUUGCCCAAUGAACAUCUCAUAGCAGAGAAUUGGCUGGUGAAUGAUUGAAGUUGUUUGGUUGUGUGAUCGUUCAUACUUCUGUAUUGUAUGUUCUCUUGUAGUUCCUUCGAAGACGUUGAUGAUCAGGAACCUCGCCAAGGAGACUAGUGAGGAGACUUUGAAAAGUGCCUUUGAAGGCGCCAUUGAAGCUCGAGUCACCAAAGACAAGGAGACUGGCGUAUCUAGAGGGUAUGGUGGUGAAAAAUUACCCUUUUCAAAUCACAUUUUUACAUUCAGAUGUCCUUUGAAAACUCACUGUUGGCCACUUCUUAGGUUUGGCUUUGUGGACUUUGAGAGCCCAGAGGUCUGCAAGGCUGUCAAGGAUGCCAUGGAAGACCUUCAGAUUGACGGGAGCAAUGUGACCCUGGUCUAUGCCAAACCCCAGGGUGAAAGAGGACCUCGUGGAGAAGGAGCGGGUUUCAACAGGCGUUUAGGAGGGAAACCCGGGGCUAGAGGUGGUGCUGGGGGCAGAGGUGGCGGCUUCAGGGGUGGACGAGGAGGUGAGAUAUAAUAAUAAUAUAUAAUAUGCCAUUUAGCAGACGCUUUUAUCCAAAGCGACUUACAGUCAUGCGUGCAUACAUUUUUGUGUAUGGGUGGUCCCGGGGAUCGAACCCACUACCUUGGCGUUACAAGCGCCGUGCUCUACCAGCUGAGCUACAGAGGACCACAGAUAAUCUAGUUCAGGGAUGGUUAACUGGCGGGCCCACCUUUUUGUAGGCCCGUGGAUCAAUUUCCACCAGGGGGAACUCAGCCGGGGUCUCAACUUACUGUUGAGAGUUAGAAUAAUAGAAUACACAAGGUGAAAUUUGGUUGUGCGUCGGACAUUUUUCUAUUGUCAGUCACUCCAUAUCAACUAUUUUUUUUUUUAGAUUGGUACAUUAACUCUAGAGCCAGCUAUCUAAACCUGUGUUAAGCAUUACCGUCCGGAGGCAUUGAUCAUCAGAAAUCGUAUGGGGGGAAAAACUGCGAACAUUUCUCUCCGGCCCAUGGCAAAAUGUGGAGAAUUGCAGGAAAUUAAAGAUGCACUAUGCAGAAAUCGCUCCACCAUUUCCUGGUUUGUGACAAAACUAGCAAGUAUAGCGUAGAGAAUCAUUGUACCAUCUAAACCGCUGUGAAAUAUAUAUUUUCCAUGAACAAAAAUUUGCUUGGGGCCACCAAAAGCCUAGGGCCGACUCUGGCUGCAUGUAUGGAUGUGGGUAAGCAGAUCCAAGAGCCCUCAGGAUAUUUUUUUUGUGGCUUCCAUCCCUGAUCUAGUUUGAAUUGAAGUUGCAAAACUGAUGAGGACAUGUCAAUUGAUACUUCACAUAUAUUCCCUUUACUCCACUUGUAUCUGGACAAAAUUUCUACCAGCGUUGUCAAAUGCUUUCAUUUGUGAUUGUUGUUUUUCAGGCAGAGGUAGUGGCGGCGGAAAGAGGACUUAAAACAGAAAAUAAGUAAAGGAAGAUGAAGAUUUUUAUUUUUUUUACAAUGGACUGCUGCAACUGCUCUAAUUCAACAUCUACAUUUCCUGACAAGUUUGUGAUGGGCUCCUAACCCUAAUAAUUAUAAGAAACAAACCACAUUUAUGUGAAAAGAUUCUACCACGUUGUUCAUACAUAACGAUGAAAUGUCUUACAUGUACUGUACGUGUAACAUUUUUGGGGGGGUUUUCUGUUUUACUUUAGUUUACCUUUUAAUUGUUAUUUUCUUGAUUAUGUAAAGACUUUAUUGAAGACUGGGCAAUUAAAAGGUCCCCAAAUUCUAAUAUGGAUUUUCUGGUUUUUCUAUUAUUAUUUAGUCAGUCUUUUAGGGGGAGCUUGCGUAUUGUUUGAGACAAUUUCUUGCUAAAAAAUAAGAAUAUAUACAAAACAUUAGGAAC